GUCAGUGCGUCUUGUGUCUCCUUCAAGUUUGGAAGUGCGUACUUGUGUCUAGAAUUUUCAGCAGUCUUAAUCUGAAAUUCAAGUAAGCUCAUAGUAUUUGUAAACCAUUGACGCAGUUACGCCAAACGUAAACCGGCAUCAUCUAAGAAGACCUUAUAUUGAUAUUGAUUUUACACAGGCGAAUCGAUAGAAACAACAAAAAAAUAAUACAAGAUAAAGUCCUCUUAAGAUAAUCAAAAUGUCGUUGUGGUCUUUUAGUAUACUAAAAAUGGCUGAGAGUGUCGGUGAUGCAAUGGCCUGGUCUUUAGAUAAAAUAUCUCAUUUGACCAUAGGACAAUUGCUGAUAAGAUUUAUCGAUCGCAGUUUAAAUAUUGUUGAAAAAACAGCACAAUGGAGUUUACCCUAUAGUGAAGUAAUUGCUGAGGAAGAUGGAAAAUCAUUUAAAACGAUAGAAUUGGUUAGACCUCUACCUUGGAUCUUUUUUCUACCAAGUUUAGUUGUUUUACGUAGCUUCAGAUUAACAUGGAACAUUGGAGCUUGGAUUUUUGGAUACCCUCAGAUUCAACCGGUUGACAUUGUUAAGUCUCUGCAAAAAACACGAAGACGCUUGCGAGUAAUCAGAUUGAAUGGUGGUAAAAGAAUGAGAAAAAUAAAACCAAAUUUACGGGACAGAAGUUUACGGAUAAAUGAAGCUAAGAGAAGUUUAUUGAAGUCGAUUCAAAUUACUUUAUCCAGUCUGUCUUGUCUUGAUGCUGGUAAAAUGAAAUCCUCGCCAUCGCCGACGAGGGUUCGUCUGAACACUAAUAACGAAACUGAACCAACACCAGUAACAGAACCAUUAAUUGUUGGCGUGGAUGGAGAUCCUAAACGUAAAUUUUCUGAAGUCAGCUCAGAUUAUUCUCAAUCAUCUGACGAAUCUGAUGCUGAAUAUGAACUUUUUAAAUCAAGGAUUGAUUCAAAUGCUUCUGAAUAUCCAUCUGAAGAUGAUGAUAAUAGUUUUAAAAUUCAAGUAGACAAUAGUGGAGAAUUAGAUGGAUCUGAUGAUGAGAUACCUGAUGAAGAUGAACAAGAAACACAGGCAGAAGUUGCGGAGUUACUGAAAGAUGUUGAUUCAAUAAAAAAUAUUGUAGAUGAUUUUAAACCAGAUUCUCAACAACAUUUGAUGAUGCAACAGUAUGAAACUUUCCUUGAAAAAAAAAGAUUAAAUGGAAAUGAACAUUUAAUCAAAAAAUAUUCCGAAGAAUCACAAGAUUAUUACUCUCCUAAAAGUACUGAAGAUGGAGACACAGCUUUUUAUUCGCCGUUGAGCUCAAAAAGCUCAAGUCCAGAGCCGAUUGAUAACGAUAAUGAUCGGCACCUCUUCGGGCCAAACAAAAAUGAUGACACAACCACCAAAGUCGACGAAAAACCAAUAAAAUCAUGCGAUCAAAUUCACGAUAAUCAUAUACGCUCUUCCGCUAUUACAAUUUCCACUUCUCCAAAACCAAUUAUUACUCAUGGAAAAGUGUAUCGUCGUAAAAAAUCAACCGGUUAUCAAGGUCGUUCUUCAAAUGAAAGAGGAAAGAAAAAAUAAUUAUUUUUAAUAAUUUUCAUUCAAAUAAUUGAAAAACUUCCAUUAUUUACAUUCAAUGAUAAGUCAUAAAAAGUUUACAUUAAGAUUUUUAUAUUAUUCAUAGUUAUUUUUUUAAUAGAUUCAAUGAUCAUUUUCAA